UUUUCUGCAAGCCAUCCAGAUCCAAACGGGACUACUUCAGUAUCGACGACUGCAACGGAAGCACGAACAGAAACAAUUGCCUGCCCGAGAGAGGUAAGCUUGAACGACAGCAAGGUACAUAGUGAUUCUCUUGAUUCAGUUUUACCCCCUCCUUCCGCUUCCGAGGCGGUACGUCUAGAGGGUUUGGGCUACAUUCUCGGCCCUCCAUACACCUGGGGAGGGAAGCAUAAGGCAAGACGUGAGGAAACAAGACGGCAGGAGAGCGAGUUUUCUUUCACGGGACAACAGAGCCCACAGCCGGAGCAAGUGAGUGUGAAAGCGUUUGCAAACCACCUUCUCGACAUGGGUUUCCGUUCUCCCAAAAGUGGAGAUGAGGAGGAACAGGAGACUGAAUACCAGCAGUGGCAAGGUGAAUUUGAACAGGGGAAAAAUAACAGGAAGUUUGAGUCUUUCACAGGCUCGCCCUCGAGCAGGGGGGAACCGGCUUCUGAAGUCAUCAGAACACAACGCGAACAAACCCGGGUUUCGAAUGGUGGAAAUGCUCCUGAGAAUCGGAUGAAAAAGUCGUCCUUCACAGUGGAGUUUGCGUUCGGCUCCCCCCCAUCAUCUGCUCCGAGUCCUCCCCAACUACUGUACCUGCUUCCAGUCGUUGAUAGCGAGAAUAGAUAUGUGCAUUUGUUACCCACAAUAACUCACGUGGGGCCGUUUUUGGUCGUCCCAUCUGGCGUCGAUGCACAACUUGGUAGAAUCCCUUCUGACGUCUCUGGUACUGCCCAGGAGACAGGCGGUUCCUUCCCCGAAUUAGUCUCCCUGGUAAAAAGCUCCAUUGUGGCUCCUGUCGCUAGACAACGCGAGACUUUCCAAACACAGCCUUCUGCUAUAGGUGGCUCUGCUGCUUCAAACCAUGGUACUCCAGGAGUCGAACGUUCUGCAAAUCAGGCUGGUAUUCCCUUCUCCGGUUUUCUGCUCCCUUCCUCUCUUACGUCAGGGCUGUCGUACCCUGCUCUUAAUGAAUUACAGCCUGUGCAUCCCUCUCAAGAAAACCAGUUCAGAAACACGGGCGUCACAGGGCAAACGGCAGACAGGAGAGACAGUCGUUUAGUUUUCCAUUUGCCACCUCUGCCACCGAUUUUCGGCACCUCUCUUCCAUCUUCUCUGCUGCACGACGGAGGGCAAGACGUUCAUCAUUUGUCAAAAACCUCUUCAUAUAAGCCAACACCCCAGCAACUCAUCACCCUUCCACCUGUUGCAACCAUCAUUUCGCCUGCUGACUCUCACGAGGUGGCCUUGCCGCCUCUUCAAUUUUCCGGCCCUUCUCGAUCUUCGCUCUUGACUGGCACAUCAGCCGAAGCCCAGGAAGACACACUCAUCAAUACUCUCAGCGCGCCACAUACAGACAUUGCUUCUUCUUCUGGAAGGCCGCUAGCAACAGUUUCGGCGCCAAGUAGCUUUGCACAAGAUAUGCCUGAAUCCCCGUCAGAGCCAUUGUUUCUCACUGGCCAGGAAACCCCUUCUACAGGAGUGACUUCUCUGAACAAUGCGUCGGCUCUAGACUACACGAGAGGGCCGCCUGCAAGAGCGGACGGCUUUUUUGGGACGGACGACUACAGGACAGGGUCAUUAAGACAGACGGUUCAUCUAACGCCAACAGAGAUAGGUACAGCCUUCCCCCUUGAUAAAUAUAGAAAAUAUCAGGAUUCUGGCGGUCUGAACUUCGCCGGCAGCAACGCAGGAAAUGGGCUGGAGGCCAUGACUCCUGGGCAACUCGUUGAACUCGCCCUAAACCACGCAUCGGAAGCUGCAGCUCAAGCUACAGAGCGCGAAAAUCCUGUAGUGUCGUCGAUCUCGACGCUGUUAUUUCCGCAUCAACAGGAUACAGACAAAGCAAAUUCGCAGGCAGAUUCGAGGGGAUCUUGGACUGCUACUCAGCGAGUGCUACCUCAACUGGGCUCCCUUUUCUCAAUUCUGACAGGCCUAGACAGCGACCUUUUGUGGCGGUUUUUCACGGGAUCAGCCCGGCCACCGUCACCUACAGCUGAGAUUGCUGCGUCAGUGCCCGCGUCACCGUUUUCCUCACCUGACGUCAAUUUUCUGUCAACUUCGCCACCCGUUGACGACCCUUCACUUUCAAAGCAGUGGCGUUCCCAUGAGUACGACCCCACAGCUUCCUUCCCUAUGCCGAAUGUGGCCCUAAACCCUUCACAUGAGACGACUGCCAGCAGGACUCAUGCUCGUAAUGCUUUGCAGAGCUCUGUGCCCCCAUUAGAAGCGCUAAAGUUCGGUUUGCACGUAGAGGUGCCCGAUGUGUCCGCAGAUGGUGGCCUCCAAUCUCAUCGAGUGUGACGGGAACAGCACCGCCGACACAUAGGGCUCAGCGUGCGGUGAAAAACAAGGUGGAGAAACCACUGAUCAAUAUUGUACUCGGACUCGGUGACUGCGCAAACUCUCAAUAGUUCAGUGUGUGUCCUAGUUCACGGCAGUGGGCACACACCCAUGGUAGCAGAGAAUGUCGUCCACACGAUUUAAAAACAUAUAAAGGCAAAUAAUCGGAUGCAAACAUAUUCAAAUAAGUCAGUUUGAUUAUAUUUCUGUCUCCCAGGGAUGUUACCGCUAAAAGUUCACACAUUCACAUUUACGUGUGUGUGUGACCCUUUUUUAAGUGUUCUUCUGCAAUUGUAGAGUCUAACUCUGAAAUGCGCACGCCUUCCACCUUGUCUCUUUCUGCUCUGUAUACCUUCCUGGGCAACACCCACUGAUCACUUUUAAUUGUACCCGUGGCUGUAGCAGGGAUUCACUGACAGAUAAUUAAGCACCAGCUUGGUCUGCAACCAACAUAUGGACUUGAGCUCAGUUUUGUAGGUCGACUGCAGUUUGACAUCGUAGGUCCUCAAAGUUCUCUUAGCACGACGACGAAACGCUACAG